UCUUAUGCAAAGGAGGUGUCUUUGAAGGCGGAUCGCUUGGCAGGUUAGUCGAGGAGCGCGGAGCGAAGCGGAGCGGGGCCGAGCCGACAACUAAUACGAAACCGGUCGGAGCAGAGUGCGGCUCGCCGGGCUGGACUUUCCAUGACCGCCCAUCAUCGCAUAUGGAAUUUCGAGAGUCCGACGGACACGUCCAAUAAAGAACAGACUACUGGGCAGCGCACGGGGGAAAACAAAAUAAACUUAUCUCGCGUUUCAACAAAGGAUUAGUGGCGCUGAAGUUGAAAGGCGAGGCGCUCUCUACGCGCGGAUGCUGUGCUAGAAGGCGUGUCAGCCUAAUAAAAUUAGCAGCGGAAAACGGGGUGAAGUAGAAGAAGUGAGCUUCGGCUUUUGAUGUGACUGCUGGGAGAUUACCAGGGCUUCUGUACCGUUAUAACGGAUUGAAACACUUCGGCGUUCAAAAGGAGAAAAUAAAAGUGUGCGCUGGAAAAGGGAAAGGACGCAUGACGAGUUUUAAAAACCUUUAUCCAUCGCAGUGAGCUCAGCGGACUUGAUUCUGGUUUUUAUUGUGUCCGCCUGGAUAAAAGAAUAAGUUCAGUGAGCAUCUUGGACCUGUUUACACGUACAGUUUGUAUGAAGAGAGAGCGAAAGAGUAAAUUGACUUGUGAGGACAUGCUAGGCACAAGAAGGAGAUCGCUCGCCUGUGAUGUCACAGUAAGUCGCUUACGGUCGUCCUGUCUUUGCCAUGCCGGUAUUUAGACACGCAGGUCUGGGAACUACGCACGUCUGAUCGCAGUCAGCCCACCCGUCCGCACUGAACUCCGCUUGAGUCUAUUUUAUCUGGGCUGCCCUAGUCCUCAGAGCCGUGCUUUAUUUCCUUUUGGAACAUUCCCCAUCAGUCUUCUGACAAUGCUUCCUCACGUAGCAGGACUUAGUCUGGUUUACUUUCUGGUGUUUCACCAUGUGACGUUAGACUGCUAUGCAAUUAGCUCCAUGGACUCUGAGCGUCCAGGAGAGGGCAGGUGCCAGCACAUUGAAAUCCCCAUGUGCAAAGAUAUCGGGUACAACAUGACCAGGAUGCCCAAUCUGAUGGGGCAUGAGGAUCAGAAAGAGGCUGCUAUCAAGUUGCACGAGUUUGCACCACUUGUUGAAUAUGGGUGCCACAGCCACCUAAAAUUUUUCCUCUGCUCUCUGUAUGCUCCCAUGUGCACAGAGCAAGUGUCUACUCCUAUUCCUGCAUGCCGGGUCAUGUGCGAGCAAGCACGGCAGAAAUGUUCACCCAUAAUGGAACAGUUUAGCUUUAAGUGGCCUGAGUCCCUGGACUGUAGUAAGCUACCCAACAAGAAUGAUCCAAAUUACUUGUGCAUGGAAGCCCCCAACAAUGGAUCUGAUGAACCCCCAAAGGGUUCCAGCACGAAACCUCCAGACUUCCGACCGCAGAGGCCAAACAGCGGGCAAGAAUACCAACUAAAAGACACCGGCAAUAAAGAAACUUGUGGCAACCCCAGGAAGUUUCACUAUGUGCAAAAGAGUGAGUCCUGUGCUCCAAAGUGCCAGCCCAAAGUGGAUGUUUACUGGAGUCAAGAGGACAAGCAGUUUGCUGCUAUCUGGAUAGCCGUCUGGUCCAUUCUUUGUUUUUUUUCUAGUGCGUUUACAGUCCUGACCUUCUUGGUGGACCCGCAGCGCUUUAAAUAUCCAGAGAGGCCAAUUAUCUUUCUUUCCAUGUGCUACAGUGUCUACUCUGUAGGAUACCUCAUUCGGCUUUUUGCUGGAGCAGAUAAUAUUGCCUGUGACAGAGACAGUGGUGAGCAGUACAUUAUCCAGGAAGGGUUAGAGAGCACAGGUUGCACCAUAGUGUUUCUUAUUCUUUACUACUUUGGUAUGGCAAGUUCUCUCUGGUGGGUAAUUUUAACUUUGACUUGGUUCUUAGCUGCUGGUAAGAAGUGGGGGCACGAGGCUAUUGAAGCUAACAGUAGCUACUUCCACUUAGCUGCCUGGGCCAUUCCAGCAAUCAAGACCAUCAUGAUUCUGGUUAUGAGAAAAGUAGCAGGAGAUGAAUUGACUGGCAUUUGCUACGUUGGUAGCAUGGACAUAAAGGCCUUAACUGGAUUUGUCUUGAUCCCUUUGUCGUGUUACCUCAUUAUUGGGACCUCCUUUCUCCUUUCUGGCUUUGUAGCACUCUUUCACAUAAGAAAGAUCAUGAAAACAGAAGGCGAGAACACAGACAAGCUGGAAAAGCUCAUGGUGAGGAUUGGUGUCUUCUCUGUACUGUACACUGUUCCUGCCACCUGUGUCAUUGCUUGCUACUUUUACGAAAGACUUAACAUGGAUUACUGGAAAGUUUUAGCUAUCGAAGAGACAUGUCUUUUAGAUGGGGGUGGUGGAAUAAACAGUGGCAGCCAGAGCAAGAAGUCAGAACAGUGUCUCAUGAAAAACUCUAUCCCAGCUGUGGAGGUAUUCAUGGUAAAAAUCUUCAUGCUGUUGGUAGUUGGUAUCACAAGUGGCAUGUGGAUUUGGACCUCUAAAACCCUUCAGUCCUGGCAGAAUGUGUUCAGCCGGAAACUCAGAAAGAGGACAAGGCGAAAGCCUGCAAGUGUGUUUACAAGUAGUGGGCCAUAUCUGAAACCCCACCCUCCACUUAAGGUUCACACUUCCAAGUAUGAGCCGACAGUCCAACCGCCAACCUGUGUCUGAACUCCCUGCUUUUUUGGAUGAUUUAUUUUUUUUUUGGUCCAGGCAUUGAAUAUAGAAAAUUUAUGUUUCACAUUCACAUGAAUGUGUGUGUGCGGUAUGUAUGUUUCUCUUACACAUUUAUAUAACAAGUUAACAACAUAUAU